AUGGCGUCAGACGACUCAAGUAGCCCGAUGGGCGGCAACACGGACUUCCAGACAAGCCCAGAUACGAAUAUUGUCACUCCACCCGAUGUCUUACAACUAGGUGUAGAAGAAACUUUGUCCCCAACUUCGGCCGUAGAAAGCAGUUAUUCUACUUCGAUAAAUUCGGCAUUUGCAUUAUCCGAUGACCUCGACGACACAGGCAGCUAUGAUUUCGGCUAUGAUGACUCACAACAUUUUGAGGACGGGUUCGAGUUGAUGGGGGAUCUGGGUUGUCAGAAAGCAGCUGAAGCCCACCUCCCGCUUUCUCUUGCGACUUUAGACCAGAGUUAUCAGCAGCCAACAGAUGAUUCCUUUUUCAGCGCCAGUUUCGACGUAUCUUGGAAUGAGCAAUCAUGGUCAACUGCAUCCCCGCCCUUGCUGGACCUGCUCCCGCCGACCGGUCGUAACAUCUUCGAUUUACCAGAGAAUACCGGCUUGUUAGACCACUACUCCAAGGUCAUGCUCCCGACAAUGGGGUUUGUAGAUGGUGUCGCAAACCCUUUUAGGCAACAUAUACUUCCCCUUUCGCAUAGGAGUUCCGCCGUUCGAAGUGCGAUCUACGCGUUGGCCAGCGCACAUCGUGAAUAUAGCGGUCUUGAGACGACGGAGGGAUCUGCAUGUUUUCAUGAAAGAGCCGUGGCUGGUCUGUCUGCGAUUAUCGAGGAUGGAGAUGGGUUCGAAGAAGCUCUGGCGACGAUCAUCUUACUCAUUCAGUACGAUCUGGUUCUACAGCGGAGCUCGGACAAAGUGGUGUAUAAUCAUCUUCAAGGCGCCCGCCACAUCAUUUGUGCCAUGCCAUCCCCCAAGCCUGCGAGUGUGUUGUUCUUCGACCAGGUGUUUCGCUACUUUGAUGUACUCAAUGCCUUGACGAACGGCACGUCUCCUGUCUUCGCAGCUCCCUCAAGUCGAGCCUACUCGCCAAGUACACCGCCACAAUUCAUCAUCCCUAGUGGAAUCGAUCCAGUGUUGGGAAUGGCCGAUGAUCUUUGGCCCACUCUGCACCGUCUCGCAGAGCUCAUGGCGAUGAAACGCGAGCUUCAAGCCGCCACAGCGAUGGGACAAACAUCUAAGUUCGCCGUCCUGCGUACCGAAUACCAAACGGCAUACAAGGCAAUAGAGAAGGCCCUGGAGUCGUGGGGUCCGACACUGCCACCAGGCUUUUCCCUGGUUAACCGUAUCGUCGACGGCCCCGAAACCGCAUCAGAAGUCGAGCUUGCCAACAUCCGGUGGAUCACAAGCACGGCACUCGCAUACAGACAGAGCGCCCUGGCCUUUCUUUACAGCAACGUUUCGGAAUACCCUUCAUCACAUCGCCUCGUACAGAAACACAGUCAGGCCGCUUUGUGGCACUGUGCGGCGUCAGUGUCUCAUGGCGGAGCAGGACUUUCCAUGCUGUGGCCGCUCUUCUUCUCUGCUCGUCAUGCCAUAUGCAGCAGGGACCGAGGCUUGGUGCGUCAGGCGUUCACUGCCUUUGGCAGCAAGAAAGGUGUGGUCGACACGGAAAAGCCGUGGGCUGUUGUCAUGGACGUGUGGAGAAGGAUAGACAUGCGAGCAUACGGCAAGGAGCAAGUGGGUUCUGAGGCCUGUCCAGACUUGUGGAGGCAAGUUGCGGCAAGCAUGAAGUUUGGCCUUGUGUUUGGCUGA